GUUUUGACAUUGCACCACGUACUGGGGCCUUGAAGGUGCUGGUGCUGGCGGGUGGUGACGAGAGGAUAGUGCGUCUGUGAAUUUAAGCACCAGGAGUGAUGGACGCAGAGAAUAGGUGUUGCAUUGGAGAGCGCUCCGUGGUGAUGCAUGGCGCUGCUCACCAAUAGGGCGUCUGGUGUCAUUCUAAGGUGGCUGAUUUCAUUGGAUGCGAUCCAGGAAUGAAUGAAGUUCCUGAGGCCUGAAAGCUCCAUUAAAUAGGGGUGUGGCUAUUAACACUUGGUCAGCAAAGUGAACGCAUUUUGCUUGUCGGUUGGUUGUCACUUUUCAAGAUGUUUUCGAACGUGACAAAUCAGAUGAGCAGUUGGCUGGGAGGACUAUCUAAGAAGACUCCAGACAGCGCUGAAAAUCCAGUUGCUGAGCAACAUUCAGAACAUUCUGACAAGGAAAAGGAAACACAGGAGUCUAAAACAGAUACACCAACAUCCCAGAAGUCUGUCAAAGGUUCAUUGGAUGAGCAGGAUGAUCGGUCAAGCACCACGGAGGGCGCGGACAGCAACAUCAGCUCGCCGGCCGGCUCGCCCUCCCACGACAAGGACAAGUCGCCGAUGGGAGCGAUGCCCGACAUCGGCGGCAUGUCGGAGAAGCUCAAUCAGGGCGCCAAGACCUUCGGCAGCUUCAUCUCGUCGGCCUUCAACAAGGCCGGCAAGACGGUGUCCGAGGCCGGCAGCAAAAUCAAGAAGUCGGUCGCCGAAAACAGCAUGCUGACGGAGUUCAACCGGGAGAAUGAGGCGUUCGUCAACAGCAAGAAGGCGUCAGGCGACGCGGUGGCGCCCUGGGUCGGCUACGCGGACGAAGAGACCCUGAAGGAGCAGAUUCUGGCCCUCUCCACGGACAACCGGAACUUCGUGCGCAGCCCGCCGUCCGGGGUGCAGUUCCAGUUUGACAUGGACACGUUCAUGCCAGUGGCGACCGCCGUACUGAAGGAGGACCCCGAGCUGGAGAAGCGGAGAUACGAGCUGGUGCCCAAAGCCAUCAACGAGGAGACCUUCUGGCGCAACUACUUCUACCGCGUGUCGCUGAUCCGGCAGUCGUCAGAGCUGAGCUCGCUGGCGCAGGAGGGCCAGGAUUCCAAGGACUCGUCGCGCACCAGCUCCGUCGAGGUGGCCGACGCCGCCAAAGACGCCAGGGAGGAAGAGGAGGCGGCAGAGCGACCCGACAGCCCGCACGAGUUUGUCUCGGACAGCAUACAGCCAAGCUCCCAGGACCUGGAGGAGGUCCGCGCCGGCAUUCGGCAGCUGGGCAUGAACAAAAAAGAUGAGGACUGGGAGCGUGAGCUCAACGCCGAACUGGGCGACUACGAGCUCGUCCAGGAAGACAGCAACGGCGACUGGGAGAAGGACAUCGAGGAGAUGCUGGAAGACGAGCAGCAGGACCUCAAGAAGUAGCUAGCUGCAUGCGCCCCGCUUCCCGCGCGCCGCAGCGGCGCCGCCUGCCGGACCUGGACGGAACUUCGACGGCGGCCGGAUGGUGUGUACAAGCUCGGCGGCUCAUCUCGGUUUCCGGUUGGCGUUUCGGCUGUUGUCGGAACGGCGGUGUUGAAGCAUUCCUGCGAGAGCGCGAUGGGCGACGGGCCGCCUCUCGCGCGCACGCGCGGCGGUCGCUCCCUGGGCUUUACCAGAUAUCAGCUGUGUGUGGCGCGGGCACUAGCGUGCAAACUGUUCAUGUUUUGUAGUGAGUUAUCGCCGUAUUUAUCGCACCGCAGUGGCAAGAGCGGUCGGGCGCGACGGCGCGCCGUGCGGUCCGGCGACGCCAGCAGUUUCUGUGUCUCUCGCUGUGUGUUUGGUGUCGUAACACGGUGUGCGGGGUGCCGGGGGGUGGCGGCGGCGGGCCCGGGCCUCGACCGGCGGCGGCCGCCUCUGGUAAUACACGCCGACAGAGGGGCUCCGGUGUCCUGAUCCUGGCCGCAGCGCGCCGGCACAAGACAGGCCGCCCGUGGGGCAGGCCACGGCACGGCUGGUGCCCAGAGUACGUGUUACUGUAGGCUGUAUUGGGCGUGCACUCCCAGGUAGCGUCCGACCCCUGGCAGUUACAGGGACUACGUGAGGUAGUGUUGGAGUACCGCAUGACGUGGUGGGGAGAGGUGCAUGCCUUUUCCGUAACGUGGGUUGUAGUCUUUGUAAACUGGCCGAUAAUAUUCGUCAUAUAAGCUGGUUGUUCACCGA